AACACACGCACACACUCACACACACACACACACACACACACAGCACUGACAGAGGACGGACAGACGGACGAAGCAAAGACCCUGUUAGAGAACAACAACAGAGAAAAGAAAGACGGUUAAAGAGAGUUUAAAGACUGAAGUUGAGUGAAAAAGGAAAAGAAGAGGAGCAGGAGUCAGGGGGGAGAAAGAGGUGCUGUGUGCUGUGUUUAAACCACCAACAAAAUCCCAAACCAGUCAAACCAUUAUACCAUUCUUCGCUUCAACCUCCAGCCAAAGCACUUGCAGCAAAGUCAGGAAACAGUUUUCAUUAAAUUUUGUCGAUUAGUUGGAUUUUUAGAAAGUUAAAGAGUCCCUGUCUGUCAAUAAGUCGACACAAUAAACCUUUUAUUAAAAUAAACUUAAAACCUACAAGAAACGACCUAAACCGUCAAACGAUGGCCCCCAAGAAGAAGGCCUCCCGUCAGAAGAAGCCCGGCGUGGAAACCAUCCCUCAGGUCGCCCUGGAGACCACCAAAGCCCAGCUGAAGGUGGAGAGCCGUGGUGACGGUGUGGUGGUGGUGGAGAGCGGCGUGAAGAAGAUUGAGCAGAUGGCGGCGCUCGACAUCGCCCAGCUGAACAGUCUGAACCUGCCGCUGCCGCCGCCGGUCAUCAAGCCCGGAGAGAGAGGCCUCGGCCUGGGCAGCGAGCUGACACGACCGAUGCACGGAAACACCAUGCUGGAGGAGCUCAGCAAGAUGCGGCAGGAGAAGUUCCUGACUGAUCUGGAGUUGGCCUGUAAGACGAAAGCCUUCGACGUCCACAAGCUGGUCAUUUCGUCCAUCAGUCAGUACUUCAGAGAGAUUCUGGCCAAAGACCCGGGCAUGAAGCGCCUCGAGCUGCCGUCCCUCUCACCUCUGGGCCUGGCUAACGUCAUCACCUUUGCCUACCUGGGACGUGUCCACAUGUCCCUCUACACCAUCGGCUGCACCGCCUCUGCCGCCGCCACUCUGCAGAUCCCUCAGCUCCUCAAGAUGUGCAUGGACUUCCUGCUGGCCGAGCUCAACGUACAGACCUGCGUCUACAUCUGGAACAUCGCCGCCGCCUACGGUCUGAUGCCCGUGUGCGACGCCGCCCGCCGCUUCGUCCUGGAGAACUUUGUGCAGUUCGCAGAGACGCCGCUGUUCACGCAGCUGACCCUGGAGCAGAUCUCCGCCUUCCUGCAGGACGACUCGCUGUUGUUGCCGUCAGAGGUCACCGCCUUCCAGCUGGCCAUGAAGUGGCUCGACUUCGACGCCACUCGUCAGGAGCACGCCGCAGAGCUGCUGUCUCACAUCCGCUUCGAGACGAUCCCGGCCAGCGAGCUGGUGAGUCAGAUCCAGCCGGUGCCCCGCAUGAUGAUGGACGCCCACUGCCACCGCCUGCUGGUGGACGCCAUGAACUACCACCUGCUGCCCUACCAGCAGAACACCCUGCAGUCCCGACGCACGCAGGUCCGUGCCGGUCAGCAGACGCUGCUCACCAUCGGCGGUCGACCAUCGCUCACUGAGAGAGCUCUGAGCCGCGAGGUGCUGUGGAGGGACCCUCGUGAAGGAGGAGCCACCUGGCGUCACCUCACCCAGCUGCCGGCAAAGAGCUUCAACCAGUGUGUGGCUGUGAUGGACGGCUUCCUGUACGUGGCCGGAGGAGAGGACCAGAACGACGCCCGCAACCAGGCCAAGCACGCCGUCAGCACGCUGAGCAGAUACGACCCUCGCUUCAACACCUGGCUCCACCUGGCCAGCAUGCGUCAGCGCCGCACCCACUUCUCUCUGGCAGCCAGCGGCGGCCGCCUGUUCGCCAUCGGCGGCCGUAACGUGGAAGGCCUGCUGGCCACCACCGAGAGCUACGUGCCGUCCUCCAACACCUGGCAGAUGCGUGCGCCCAUGGAGGUGCCCCGCUGCUGCCACUCCAGCGCCACCCUGCCCUCCGGAGACAUCCUGGUGACUGGCGGGUACAUCAACUGCGCCUACUCUCGCUCAGUGGCGUGCUACAACGUGGAUACCGACACCUGGAGCGAGAAGGCCCCCAUGGAGACCCCCCGCGGCUGGCACUGCUCCACAACGCUCGGAGGGAAGGUGUACGUGGUCGGAGGAAGCCAGCUGGGGCCCGGAGGUGAGAGGGUGGAUGUGCUCUCCGUGGAGGUCUUCUCCCCAGAGAGCAGCUCCUGGAGCCGAGCCGCCCCUCUGCCCCUGGGCGUGAGCACCGCCGGCCUCUCGCCGCUGGCCAACAAGCUGUACCUGCUGGGAGGCUGGAACGAGGCGGAGAAGCGCUACAAGGCGGCCGUCCAGAAGUACGACCCGGCCACAGACAGCUGGUCCAUGGCGGAGGAUCUGCCCGAGCCCACGGUGGGAGUGUCCUGCUGCACCCUGACCCUGCCGCCCCGCCACGCACCGCGCCGGCAGCAGCACCGCAACACGCCGGCGCACGACGAGCAGCAGCAGGCCGCGAAGAACCGGAGCAGAGAGAGCAGCGUGGCUCCUUCACAAACCAUCACAGCGUAGAGAGACAGGACGCAGCGGAGAGACGAGAAGAGAGGUUUGACCUCUGGAGAACAUCUGGAUCGGGGCUGCUCUUUUCUCUGUUAACCCUUUGAAACCUGAGCAAUUUGGUUUUCUUUCAAAAACAUGGGGAGAAGGCAACGAGCGGGCCAAAAA